UCUCUGCUGAUGAGUAGCAGCGAAGAACAGCAGUCUGUGUUUCCUGGGUCUCUGUGGGCAACAUCUAGGGUGAAGGAGGAGGAGGCAGAGGGAAGAAGCAGAGUGUGAGAGGUAGGCUGCUGAAGCGCAUCAGUGGCACCGGCCUAUUGCCUGCCCACCCUAGACCUGACCCUGAUUGUCCAGAAUGGCUCUCUUAGUUCAUCUGAAGACCAUCACAGAACUGAAAGGCAAGGGUGACCGCAUCGCCAAAGUGACUUUCCGAGGACACCCCUUCUACUCAAGGGUACUGGAGAACUGUGAGGAUGAAGCUGAAUUUGAUGAGACCUUCCGAUGGCCAGUUGGCAGCAACAUCGAUGGCAAUGAGAUGCUAGAGAUCCAGGUAUUCAACUACAGCAAAGUCUUCAGCAAUAAGAUCAUUGGGACCUUUCGCAUGGUACUGCAGCAGGUGGUAGAGGAGGGCUACCUAGAAGUGACAGAUACUCUGAUAGAUGACAACAAUGCCACCAUCAAGACCAGCAUAUGUGUGGAGGUCCGGUACCAGGCAGCUGAUGGCACUGUGGGCUCCUGGAAUGAUGGUGAAUUCCUAGGGGAUGACUCUCUACAAGGGGAAGAGAAGGACAGCCAGGAGACAGAUGGCCUGCUCCCAGGUUCCCACCGUGGUUCCCGUCAGCCUGGAGAGAAGAGUUUUCGGAGAGCUGGAAAAAGUGUAUUCUCUGCCAUGAAACUUGGCAAGAGUCGACCCCACAAGGAAGAGCAACAGAGACAAGAUGAACCAGCUGUACUUGAGAUGGAGGACCUUGACCGCCUGGCUAUUCGUCUUGGGGAUAGCCUGGACCCCGACUCUAUCUCCUUGGCCUCUGUCACUGCACUUACCACCAAUGUCUCCAAUAAGAGGUCCAAGCCUGACAUUAAGAUGGAGCCCAGUGCUGGACGGCCCAUGGAUUACCAGGUCAGCAUCACUGUCAUUGAAGCUCGGCAGCUGGUGGGGCUGAACAUGGACCCUGUAGUAUGUGUGGAAGUGGGAGAUGACAAGAAGUACACAUCCAUGAAAGAGUCAACCAACUGCCCCUAUUACAAUGAGUACUUUGUCUUCGACUUCCACGUCUCUCCUGAUGUCAUGUUCGACAAGAUCAUCAAGAUCUCGGUGAUUCACUCCAAGAACCUUCUACGCAGUGGCACCCUCGUGGGGUCCUUCAAGAUGGACGUUGGAACUGUGUACUCGCAGCCAGAACACCAGUUCCAUCACAAGUGGGCUAUCCUGUCAGACCCAGAUGACAUCUCAGCUGGGCUGAAGGGCUAUGUCAAGUGUGACAUUGCUGUGGUGGGCAAGGGAGACAACAUCAAGACCCCCCACAAGGCCAAUGAAACUGAAGAGGAUGACAUUGAGGGGAACUUGCUGCUUCCCGAGGGGGUGCCCGCCGAGCGCCAAUGGGCCCGAUUCUAUGUGAAGAUAUACCGGGCGGAGGGACUGCCCCGCAUGAACACAAGCCUUAUGGCCAACAUGAAAAAGGCAUUCAUUGGUGAGAACAAGGACCUCGUUGACCCCUACGUGCAAGUCUUCUUUGCUGGCCAAAAGGGCAAGACAUCUGUGCAGAAGAGCAGCUAUGAGCCCCUGUGGAAUGAACAAAUCGUCUUCACAGACCUAUUCCCUCCACUCUGUAAACGCAUGAAGGUGCAGAUCCGGGACUCAGACAAGGUCAAUGACGUAGCCAUUGGCACCCAUUUCAUUGACCUGCGAAAGAUUUCCAACGAUGGAGACAAAGGCUUCCUGCCCACUCUGGGCCCAGCGUGGGUGAAUAUGUAUGGUUCCACUAGAAACUACACCCUGCUAGAUGAGCACCAGGACCUGAACGAGGGGCUGGGUGAAGGUGUCUCCUUCAGAGCCCGCCUGAUGCUGGGUCUAGCUGUGGAAAUACUGGACACCUCCAACCCUGAGCUCACCAGCUCCACCGAGGUGCAGGUGGAACAAGCCACACCUGUUUCUGAUAGCUGCACAGGGAAAAUGGAAGAAUUCUUUCUCUUUGGGGCCUUCCUGGAGGCCUCCAUGAUCGACCGGAAGAAUGGAGACAAGCCUAUCACCUUUGAAGUCACCAUAGGGAACUAUGGUAACCAGGUAGAUGGGAUGUCUCGACCUCAACGUCCAAAGAAGAAGGAGGGUGGGGAUGAGGAAGAAGUAGACCUGAUCCAAAACUCCAGCGAUGAUGAAGGAGAUGAGGGUGGAGAUCUGGUGUCUGUCUCCUCCUCACCUCCAAUGCGGCCCCAAAUCACAGACAGGAACUACUUCCAUCUGCCCUAUUUGGACCGCAAGCCCUGUAUCUACAUCAAGAGCUGGUGGCAGGACCAGCGUCGCCGCCUCUACAAUGCCAAUAUCAUGGAUCGGAUUGCAGACAAGCUGGAAGAGGGUCUGAAUGAUGUACAAGAGAUGAUCAAGACAGAGAAGUCUUACCCAGAGCGUCGGCUCCGAGGUGUUCUGGAGGAACUCAGCUGUGGCUGCUAUCGAUUUCUCUCACUAGCUGACAAGGACCAGAGCCAAUCCUCCCGAACAAGGCUUGACCGGGAGAGACUCAAGUCCUGCAUGAGGGAGCUGGAGAGCAUGGGGCAGCAGGCAAAGGCUCUGCGGGCUCAGGUGAAGAGGCACACUGUGCGAGACAAGCUGAAGCUGGUACAGAACUUCCUCCAGAAGCUGCGAUUUCUGGCAGAUGAGCCCCAGCACAGCAUCCCAGACGUCUUCAUCUGGAUGAUGAGCAAUAACAAGCGAAUUGCCUAUGCUCGGGUACCCUCCAAAGACGUGCUCUUCUCAAUUGUGGAGGAGGAAGCUGGGAAAGACUGCGCCAAAGUCAAGACCCUAUUCCUCAAGCUGCCAGGAAAGCGGGGCUUUGGCUCGGCUGGCUGGACAGUACAAGCCAAACUGGAGCUAUACCUAUGGCUGGGUCUCAAUAAGCAGCGGAAAGACUUCCUGUGUGGCCUGCCCUGUGGCUUUGAGGAGGUCAAGGCUGCCCAGGGUUUGGGCCUGCAAUCCUUCCCCCCCAUCAGCCUCUGCUAUACCAAGAAGCAGGCGUUCCAGCUCAGGGCCCACAUGUAUCAGGCUCGAAGCCUCUUUGCUGCGGACAGUAGUGGCCUCUCAGACCCUUUCGCCAGGGUCUUCUUCAUCACUCAGAGUCAGUGUACAGAGGUUUUAAAUGAGACCCUGUGCCCGACCUGGGACCAGAUGUUGGUAUUUGAUAACCUGGAGCUAUAUGGGGAGGCUCAUGAGCUUCGGGAUGACCCCCCCAUCAUUGUCAUUGAAAUAUAUGACCAGGACACUAUGGGGAAGGCAGACUUCAUGGGCCGGACUUUUGCCAAGCCAGUGGUGAAGAUGGCAGAUGAGGAUUACUGCCCACCCCGAUUCCCUCCCCAGCUUGAGUAUUACCAGAUCUACCGAGGGAAUGCCACAGCUGGGGAUCUGCUGGCCGCCUUUGAGCUGCUGCAGAUUGGACCAGCAGGGAAGGCUGACCUACCUCCCAUCAAUGGCCCUGUGGACACAGAUCGGGGCCCCAUCAUGCCUGUGCCCCUUGGCAUUCGACCUGUGCUCAGCAAAUAUCGGAUUGAGGUACUCUUCUGGGGUCUCCGGGACCUGAAACGAGUGAACCUGGCCCAGGUAGACCGGCCUCGAGUGGAUAUUGAAUGUGCAGGUCGAGGGGUGCAGUCAUCCUUGAUCCACAACUAUAAGAAGAAUCCCAACUUCAACACCCUUGUCAAGUGGUUUGAAGUAGACCUUCCAGAGAAUGAGCUGCUGCACCCUCCACUCAAUAUCCGGGUAGUAGACUGCCGAGCCUUUGGCCGAUACACCCUGGUGGGUUCCCAUGCUGUCAGCUCCCUUCGUCGAUUCAUCUAUAGGCCCCCAGAUCGCUCUUCCCCCAACUGGAACACCACAGUUGGGCGGUACAGGGGGGCCCGGGGACUGUCCAAUGGGGGUCCCUGCUACUGUCCCACAGGGGAGAUCGUAGUCAACAUGGAACCUGAGGCUCCAGUCAAGAAACUGGAGACCAUGGUGAAGCUAGAUGCGAGUUCUGAUGCUGUUGUCAAGGUGGAUGUGACAGAGGAGGAGAAGGACAAAAAGAAGAAGAAGAAGAAAGGAACAGCAGAGGAGCCAGAGGAGGAGGAGCCAGACGAAAGCAUGUUGGACUGGUGGUCUAAAUACUUUGCCUCCAUUGACACUAUGAAAGAGCAAAUUAAACAGCAAGAUGUGGCAGCAGUUGAUGCUGAGGACAAGGAGGAAAUGGACACCACUGAGGCAGGCCCAAAGGGAAACAUGAAGGGCAAGGAGAAGGCAAAGGCAGUCAAGGAAGAGAAGAAAAAGAAAGUUCAGAACCAAGGACAGGGCCAGGGUUCAGAGGUCCCAGAGAAAAAGAAGCCCAAGAUUGAUGAACUCAAGGUGUACCCCAAGGAGCUGGAGUCCGAGUUUGACAACUUUGAGGACUGGCUGCACACUUUUAACCUGCUUCGAGGCAAGAUUGGUGAUGAUGAGGACAGUUCCACAGAGGAAGAGCGCAUUGUGGGCAGAUUCAAGGGAUCACUCUGUGUAUACAAGGUGCCUCUCCCAGAAGACAUAUCCCGGGAAGCUGGUUAUGACCCCACCUAUGGCAUGUUCCAGGGUAUUCCAAGCAAUGACCCCAUCAAUGUCUUGGUCCGGGUUUAUGUGGUUCGGGCCACAGACCUGCACCCUGCUGACAUCAAUGGCAAAGCUGACCCCUAUAUUGCCAUCCGCCUGGGGAAGACAGACAUCCGGGAUAAAGAGAACUAUAUCUCCAAGCAACUUAAUCCUGUCUUUGGAAAGUCCUUUGACAUUGAAGCCUCUUUCCCAAUGGAGUCCAUGUUGACUGUGGCUGUGUAUGACUGGGAUCUGGUGGGCACCGAUGACCUCAUUGGAGAGACCAAGAUCGAUUUGGAGAAUCGAUACUACAGCAAGCACCGGGCCACCUGUGGCAUUGCCCAGACCUAUUCCAUACAUGGCUACAACAUUUGGCGGGAUCCCAUGAAGCCAACACAGAUCCUAUCCCGCCUCUGCAAGGAAGGAAAAGUGGAUGGGCCUCACUUUGGGCCUCCUGGGCGUGUCAAAGUGGCCAACCGAGUCUUUACCGGCCCUUCUGAAAUUGAGGAUGAGAAUGGUCAGAGGAAAACCACUGAUGAGCAUGUGGCAUUGGCUGCCUUACGGCACUGGGAGGACAUCCCCCGUGUAGGCUGCCCCCUGGUACCGGAGCAUGUGGAAACACGACCUCUACUCAACCCUGACAAGCCAGGCAUUGAGCAGGGCCGCCUGGAGCUGUGGGUGGAUAUGUUCCCCAUGGAUAUGCCUGCUCCUGGGACACCUUUGGACAUCUCACCCCGAAAGCCCAAGAAGUAUGAGCUUCGAGUCAUUGUGUGGAACACAGAUGAAGUGGUGCUAGAGGAUGAUGACUUUUUUACAGGGGAAAAAUCCAGUGACAUCUUUGUGCGGGGGUGGCUGAAGGGGCAGCAAGAAGACAAACAAGAUACUGAUGUUCACUAUCAUUCCCUGACUGGUGAGGGGAACUUUAACUGGCGCUACCUGUUCCCCUUUGACUACCUAGCAGCAGAGGAGAAGAUCGUCAUCUCCAAGAAGGAGUCCAUGUUCUCUUGGGACGAGACAGAGUACAAGAUUCCUGCUCGGCUCACUUUGCAAAUCUGGGAUGCGGACCACUUCUCUGCCGACGACUUCUUGGGUGCCAUUGAGCUGGACCUGAACAGAUUCCCUCGAGGCGCCAAGACAGCCAAGCAGUGCUCCAUGGAGAUGGCCACUGGGGAGGUGGAAGUACCUUUGGUCUCCAUCUUCAAACAGAAGCGUGUCAAAGGCUGGUGGCCCUUGUUGGCCCGCAAUGAGAAUGAUGAGUUUGAGCUUACGGGGAAAGUGGAGGCAGAGUUGCAUCUAUUAACUGCUGAGGAGGCAGAGAAGAACCCUGUGGGCUUAGCCCGCAAUGAACCAGACCCUCUGGAGAAACCUAACCGGCCCGAUACUGCCUUCGUCUGGUUCCUCAACCCCCUGAAGUCCAUCAAGUACCUCAUCUGCACCCGGUACAAGUGGCUCAUUAUCAAGAUUGUGCUGGCCUUGCUGGGGCUGCUCAUGCUCGCCCUCUUUCUCUACAGCCUCCCCGGCUACAUGGUCAAGAAGCUCCUAGGGGCCUGAGUGCCCCCCUCCCCCUCCCCUGGGCCCGGCUGUGUCUGUGUUUGGAAUUUCUGCGUUUUGAACUGUUUGUCUUCUCCCUCGGGGGCCCACGGAGUGACCCAAUAGCAAAGUGAGCUCUGUGGGCUCCCUGGGAGACCCGAGGUUUCAGAGGCCUCCCCUCCCUCUUGUUUGGUCCCUACAUUAUUCAUUCUGACUCCAGGGCUGCUGCUCCCAUCAGCCCAGAUCCAAGCGGUGAGGCUGCCAGAGCAAGGAAUGGGUGUAAACUAGAUGACACCCCCUUCCCUCACACACACACUUUGUCAAGGUCUAGACUUGGUGAUGGAAAUCCACAAUUUGGUUGCAACCUCGUAACCCUUCCCAGAGUCACUGCAGGGCCCUGAACAGUAGUUUGCAUAAUUAUCACCAACCAAAAAUCUCUGUGAGCCCCAGGCUUCCAGGGGAUGAUGUCACAGGAAGAUGCAAACCAAGAUACACAGGCCCACACUAAACCCUCCCCUUCUCCCUCCCCCUCCCCCUCCAUGCUGAAUCACCCCAUUCCAGGAAUACCUUUGCUACAGUAAAAGCACAGGGGACCUUUGUCCUCCAGAAGUGGGACAGAGAUCUCUGCCCUUCUCCCAAUGCCCUCCAAUUCCUACUUUCGCCCUGGUUCCUCUUUGUCAGGCAUGGCUGGUUCUCCCCCAAAGGAAAAAAUAAAAGGGAUCUCCCUAUUUCCCUUGUGAUAUGCCCGGUUUUGCCAAUGUGGAUCAUAGGACCCUGUUCUCCCUGAGAUUUUUAACCUUCCUCAUGUGAGUCCCUGUGCCUGCACACCCUUCUCCAAGGCACUGACCUCAGCCCCUCCUGAAGCUCCCGCUGCCCAGCCCAGUCCCCUGACAGCCCUGGACUUGGAGUAUGCUGAGAAUGACUUCAGCCCCAUGGUUCCCAACCUCUCUCCAGGCCCGCCCUCCCCCCUCCGCUGUCUGUCUGACUGCUGCUUGCUCUUCCUAAGUCAUGUUCUCCCUGCUUGGAGAUGGUGCAGAAAGCACUUCUCCGUUCAUGUUUGGGUUGUGUUCCUAUUGGGUUUUUCAUCUUUGGAUGUUUUUUUUUCCUCUCUGAAUAAAAGA